CUCUCUCCUCCCUCGCCAACUAUCUUCCCCUUCUUCUUCCUCCUCCUCCCUCUCUCGCUCUCUCCCUCUCUCUUUCGCUCUAAAACCCUAGGUAAGCUCUUCUGAAUCUCCUGACUCAAUUGAGCUCUCUCUAGGGUUUUAGGCGCGAAAACUCGAUUCUAUCUCUUCGAUCUUCUCUUGCCUUAUCCAGAUUUUGUCCGAGUGUUCGAACUUACUGGGAAUGGAUCUGCCUAAUCUCGCCGUGAUCCUUCGAGCCGCCGCUCUCAGCCCUAAUCCCGAUGAGCGCAAGGCCGCUGAGCAGAGCCUUAAUCAGUUACAGUACACGCAGCAACAUCUAGUGAGGCUAUUGCAGAUCGCUGUGGAUGGCAAUUGUGACAUGGCAGUGCGUCAAAUUGCUAGUAUUAACUUCAAAAAUUUCAUUGCUAAGAACUGGGCUCCUGAAGAUUCUGGUGAGCAGCAGAAAAUUUUGCCUAGUGACAAAGAUUUGGUGAGGGACAACAUCCUUGUCUAUGUCACCCAAGUUCCCCCCUUGCUCAGAUCACAACUUGGAGAGUGCCUCAAGACCAUCAUUUAUGCUGACUACCCAGAACAAUGGCCACAUCUUCUGGAUUGGGUGAAACACAACCUGCAAAAUCAGCAAAUCUAUGGAGCUUUGUAUGUUUUGCGGAUACUCUCUAGGAAAUAUGAGUUCAAAUCAGAUGAGGAGAGGACACCAGUUUACCGCAUUGUGGAGGAGACAUUUCCUCACCUUCUGACUAUUUUUAAUGGGCUUGUCCAGUUAGCCAAUCCUUCAUUGGAGAUAGCAGAAUUUAUGAAGCUGAUAUGCAAAAUAUUUUGGUCAUGCAUCUAUCUAGAGCUCCCAAGACAAUUAUUUGAUCCAAACGUGUUCAAUGCUUGGAUGGUUCUGUUCAUAAGUGUUUUGGAGCGUCCUGUUCCGGAUGAAGGCCAGCCUUUGGAUCCUGAGCUAAGAAAAUCAUGGGGCUGGUGGAAGGUCAAGAAAUGGACUGUGCACAUCUUAAACAGGCUCUAUAGCCGGUUUGGAGAUCUAAAACUUCAAAGUCCGGAAAACAAAGUCUUCGCACAAAUGUUUCAAAAGAAUUAUGCAGGCAGAAUUUUGGAAUGUCAUUUAAAUUUGCUUAAUACUAUUCGUGUUGGAGGUUACCUUCCUGACAGAGUUACCAAUCUUAUCCUUCAGUACCUAAGCAACAGUAUCUCGAAGAAUAGUAUGUACAAUUUGCUGCAGCCUCGAUUGGAUGUUCUGCUGUUUGAGAUUGUUUUUCCUCUAAUGUGCUUUAACGACUCCGACCAGAAGCUUUGGGAUGAAGACCCACAUGAAUAUGUGAGAAAAGGUUAUGAUAUCAUCGAAGACUUGUACAGUCCGCGUACAGCAUCCAUGGACUUUGUAAAUGAGUUGGUUCGAAAACGUGGGAAAGACAAUCUUCCAAAGUUAGUUCAGUUUAUUGUUGGGAUCUUCAGGAGUUAUGAUGAAGCUCCAGCAGAAUAUAAACCUUAUCGUCAAAAGGAUGGUGCGCUACUUGCUGUUGGAGCUCUUUGUGACAAAUUGAAACAGAUUGAGCCCUAUAAAUCUGAACUAGAGCGUAUGCUGGUUCAACAUAUUUUUCCUGAAUUCAGCAGUCCUGUGGGACAUCUUAGAGCGAAGGCUGCAUGGGUUGCAGGCCAGUAUGCCCACAUCAGCUUUUCAGAUCAAAACAAUUUCCGUAAAGCGUUGCAUAGUGUUAUCAUGGGAUUGCGAGAUCCCGACCUUCCCGUUCGUGUUGAUUCAGUUUUUGCUUUGCGCUCAUUUGUUGAGGCAUGCAAGGAUUUGAAUGAGAUACGCCCUAUCCUCCCCCAAUUACUUGAUGAGUUUUUCAAACUUAUGAAUGAGGUUGAAAAUGAAGACCUUGUUUUUACCUUGGAAACGAUCGUUGAUAAGUUUGGGGAAGAGAUGGCUCCUUAUGCUUUCGGGUUAUGUUCAAGCCUGGCUAAUGCAUUUUGGAAGUGUUUAAACACGUCAGAAGCCAAUGAUGAAUCUGAUGACUCAGGAGCUUUAGCUGCCGUCGGCUGUUUGCGUGCCAUAAGUACAAUUUUAGAAUCAGUUAGCAGUCUUCCUCAGCUUUUUGUUGAGGUAGAACCAACGUUGCUUCCUAUAAUGCGUAGAAUGCUGACAAGUGAUGGCCAAGAGGUGUUUGAAGAAGUUUUGGAAAUUGCUUCAUAUAUGACCUUUUAUUCACCUAGCAUUUCCUUGGAAAUGUGGACUCUCUGGCCAUUGAUGGUGGAGGCAUUGGUCGACUGGGCAAUUGAUUUCUUUCCAAAUCUUUUGGUUCCGAUGGACAACUUUAUAUCGAGGGGAACUGCUCAUUUUCUGACUUGCAAGGAGCCUGAUUAUCAGCAAAGUCUAUAUAAAGUUCUUUCAACUCUUAUGACUGACAAGAACAUCGAAGACAGUGAUAUUGAGCCUGCCCCAAAACUUAUCGAAGUUGUUUUCCAGAAUUGCAAAGGGCAGGUGGAUCAUUGGGUUGAACCAUAUCUGCGAAUAACAAUUGAUCGAUUGCAAAGAGCUGAGAAGCCAUACUUAAAAUGUCUUCUUGUACAAGUGAUUGCGAAUGCACUUUAUUACAAUCCAGCUUUGACACUUGGUAUAUUGCAUAACAUGGGAGUGGCUUCAAAAAUCUUUGAUCUCUGGUUCCAGAUGUUGCAACAAAAGAAAAAGAGUGGCCUACCAGCGAACUUCAAAAGGGAGCAUGAUAAAAAGGUCUGCUGCUUGGCUUUGAUUUCUUUGCUUGCUCUCCCUGCUGGUCAGUUACCAGAUGAAGCUCUGCAGCGUGUGUUCAAAGCAACCCUUGACCUUCUUGUUGCAUACAAGGAUCAACUUGUCGAAGCUGCAAAGGAUGCAGCGGCUGAUUAUGAGGAUGAUAUGAAUGGAUUCCAGACCGACGAUGAAGAUGAUGGUGAUGGGUCUGAUGGUGAGAUGGGGAUGGAUGAUGUCGAGGAUGGAGAUGAAGCAGACAACAUUAAACUGCAGAAGUUAGCCGCCCAGACAAAGGCCUUCCGCCACAAUGAUGAUGAAGAUGAUGAGGACGACUCUGAUUAUGACGAUGAUUAUAGUGAUGAUGAGGAGUUCCAGUCACCCAUCGAUGAGGUGGAUCCCUUUAUCUUAUUUGUGGACACAAUCAGAGUCAUCCAAGCAUCAGAUGCGGAAAGGUUCCAGAAACUUAACCAAUCACUAGACUUCCAUUAUCAGGCACUGGCGAAUGGCAUAGCCCAGCAUGCAGAGCAGAGAAGGGUGGAGAUCGAAAAGGAGAAACAACAGAAGUCUGCUGCUGCUGCUGCAACUGUUCCAUGAUUCUAAGCUUGAAUCGAACUGGGUUAAUGGGUCUACCUCAAGCAAAUUCUUUCGUGACUAUAGGAACGGGGGAAUUUCAAAACGUUAAGAGGUUCUUCAAACAAGCAGAGUGUGGACUUCUAAACCGUGUGGUUGACGGUUCAAGGUUUGCUGUCUGCCGAGGCUUACGAGUCUCUUUAUGGUCGGAAGAUGUACUUCCGACCAUUCUUUGUGUGUUGUCUUUUUUUUUUCGGGACUUCUCUUUCAGUUUCCUUUCUUCACGCUAUUGGAUUUUAGCUUCUCAUUGGGUGGGGGGUUGUACACAUAAAUGUUUGUAGGGUUUUUUAUGGUCGGAUUCAUGAACAGUUUUGGAGGAUGGGUUCCCUCUUUCUUUCUUUUUUGUCUUGGUGCACUUUUUUUGUGACUUGGCGAAGUGUAAACGUAGGACAUUUACUUGGAUUAUGAUCUCACGGGUAAA